AUGAUUCCAAGUUGUCUAUCAAACUGCUUCAUGCUUUUGAAUCUGAAAGUCUUUAACGAGGAGGCAGAGUGGCGGUGGAGAAGGAAGGAUAAUCCUGAAAUGCAGAUCCCACCAUCCCAUCAGCCCAAAGACCCACAGGCUGUCCUGUCACUUGAAGAUACUCAACAGAGACCCGUGACCUCAAGCCAGGAGGUCAGAACGGGCUGGUUUGAUCUAGACUUUGAUUACCGAGGCCAGGUUAUAUAAAAGAAGGAUCAACCAUUACACCCUUCUGCUGCAAAGACACCGAGAGGAUUUCAGGCCCCAGGCCAAUCACAGUCAGGAGUGUACUCCAAGGCCGGUUCCAGUCUGGAGAUGCCUCCUUAUUCGGAGAAGAAUGACCUGGACAAGGAUGAGACGCAGGAUGAGGUGGGGGAGCUCAGUAGCCCGUCCCAGGCCGGUGGGACAGAGAGGGAGGGUGAAAAGUUGGAGCAGGAGGGUGCUGAGGAGGGCCACGACUCGUACAAACGCUACUUUACGGCCGAUGAGAGGCACAGCGGGGCCAGGAAGGCGGUGCAGAGAAUGCUCAAGAUCUUGAAACCAUUCAUACUGUCUGUACGGAAGCAGAUCCUGAAAUUCGGAGAGGAUUGGAUCUUUCUUUUCCUGCUGGGCAUGUUCAUGGCCACUAUUAGCUUCAGUCUGGAUGUGAUCACUUCAAAGUUUCAGAGAGCCAACCUGUGGGUCUAUGACACACUGGAAAAUUAUCGGUACCUGCAGUACUUCUCCUGGGUGCUUUAUCAUGUCAUUCUCACCAUGGUGUCUGCUGGCGUGGCCAAGUACAUCUCACCACAGGCCGCAGGGUCUGGCAUUCCAGAGCUGAAGGUUACCUUGCGAGGCGUGGUGCUGGAUGAGUUCUUUACCUUCAGGACCUUUAUAGCCAAGCUCAUCGGCGUCAUCUGCACCCUGGCAGCUGGAAGUACCAUUUUCUUAGGCAAAGUGGGCCCCUUUGUUCACAUGGCAACCAUCCUCGCCACGUUGCUGGGAAAGGUCAUGGUCAAAUUCGCAGGAACCAAAGAGAAUAAAGGACGCAAGUAUGAAAUGCUGAUCGCUGGCGCUGCGGUGGGUGUCGCUUGUUGCUUUGUAGCACCAGUUGGAGGAGUCUUGUUCAGCGUGGAGACAACGGCCACUCACUUUGCCGUACGGAAUUAUUGGAGGGGAUUCUUUGCUGCAACGUGUGCUGCUCUGAUGUUUCGGGUGCUGGCUGUGGUAAACAACGAACACGAAACAGUGGCCGUGCUUUUCACUACCAACUGGAAGGUGGAGUUCCCCUUUGACCUGCCAGAGUUCCUUUCCUUUGCCAUUCUUGGGGUCAUCUGUGGAUGCCUGUGCUGUGUCUACCUGUUUUGCCACCGGAACCUCACCAUAUUUAUGACCAACCACAAAAAGAUCUCCAGGUUCAUGGCCAACAAUAAGAUUCUAUUCGCUGGACUUGUGGCUCUUGUAUUGGCAAGUGUAACCUUUCCCCAUGGAGUGGGCCAGUACAUUGGUUCAAGGCUCUCCAUGAAGGAACAUUUGGAAACAUUCUUUGACAACCGUACCUGGGGCUCUGAUGAGCAGAUGCUGGAGAACAAUACCAGGCAGCCUCCUGCCCCGACCUACAAUGCCAACUGGCUUCAAUGGACCCACAUGAGACUUUCAUCUCUGGAAAUGUUAACGUUCUUUAUCAUCCUAAAGUUCUUCAUGCUGCUGUUGGCCACGACAAUGGUUGUUCCUGCCGGUUACUUUCUACCAGUUUUUGUUUAUGGUGCAGGACUUGGGCGUCUGUAUGGGGAGAUUAUGGCCAAGAUCUUUCCGGAAGGAAUCAUUUCAGAAGGAAUUCACAUCAAAAUUACUCCUUCAGGUUAUGCGUUGGCAGGGGCUGCAGCCUAUUCUGGGGCAGUCACCCACACCAUCUCCACCGCUGUGCUGGUUUUUGAGCUGACGGGGCAGAUGUCCCACAUCCUGCCAGUUCUCAUCGCCGUGCUGGUCGCCAACGUGAUCAGCCAGCGGUCCCAGCCGUCUUUCUUCGAUGGGAUUGUCAUCGUGAAGAAGCUCCCCUACCUGCCCAAGCUGACGGUAGGGAAGAGCGGGGCUCAUGAUAUCUAUGCAGAAGACUUUAUGGUGACAGACCUCAAAUAUCUGGCAAAGGACCUGACAUACAAAGACAUCCGAAACCUGCUGAAGAACACAGAGCUGAAACAAUUCCCUCUUGUUGACUCAACAGAGUCCAAGGUUUUGCUGGGUUCCAUUAAGCGUAAAAAUCUCGCCAGGCUCCUGGGAGAGCAACUUAGCCCAGAGAGAAGGCUAAGAUACAUUCUAGAACAAUCCAGGCAGCCAACAGGACUUUACUCAGGUCAGGAGAAUAACUCAUGUUCUGACAGAAUUGGCUGUGAAGAUGCUCAACCUCCAGAUACCCAGCAGUUCCACCGAGAAGACAACAUCAACAUCGAGAAUGAAGAGGCCAAAGUGAUUCAAGAAAGUCGCCCAUCAAAAUCAAGCAAGCAGAAGAGGUUUCGUUGCUUCACUGUGGAUGGAGAGGAAGUUUUUGACACGAUGACCACAUGGGAGGUGGAGAAUUGGGAAUAUGCUCAGCUUCAGGAGGUGCUGAAGUUGGAUGAGUGUGUGAUUGACCCAGCUCCAUUCAGACUCGUGGAAAAAGAAACCCUAUAUGAGUGUUACGACCUCUUCAAUCUGCUGGGACUGCGGAUAGCUUAUGUGACAUCAACUGGAAGACUUGUUGGUGUUGUUGCUCUGAAAGAGCUGAAAGCAGCAGUUGAAAGCUGCGUGAAGGGGACUUCCACCCGGGGGAGCUCGUCCAAGGAGGAGGACCUGUCUCAGAACAUCACCCUCAUUCACAACGAAGGUGCCAAGGAGUGCUGAAGGCUGAAUGAGCUUGGCAAUGAACCGAUGUUGGAAUCUCCCUCCGAGCCAUGCCUUGAUGUGAACACUGCUUGAGUGAUAACUGUGUUUUCCCAUUGACAGAAGCCACUGACAGAACAGCUAGAGAAAACCAUGUGUAAAUGGAUCCACCACUUGCCUGUUGCAUUCCACCCAACUACCAUCUCCCCA